AUGACUGCCUCACUCCUUACCCUAGAUGUCAAAGGCGCCUUUGAUUCCGUACUUCCCGGCAGACUGAUCCGCAGACUACGCGAGCAGGGCUGGCCUACCAAUCUCGUUCUCUGGAUUGCCUCCUUCGCUACUGGAAGAUCAGUUCAGAUCCAACUCGAUGGAGAGAUCGGCCCCUCAACAGACAUUACCUGCGGUCUUCCACAAGGAUCCCCACAGGCUGUAUCAGCCUGUGUACUCCAUAAAGCAUACUAUGGCGCAGAAACCUGGUGGCCAGGACGUACUCGCCCUGGACCUUCCCAGAUUUCAAACCGAGUUGGAGAACAUCUUGAGAAACUAACUAAAGUAAUACUAACAGGCGCAAGAGCAGUCCUUCCAGUCUUCCGCACAACCCCAAAGCCAGUCCUUUAUCGAGAGUCUGGAUUCUCUCCACCAGAAAUCGAACUAGAUCGAAUAGCUCUCCUUGCAACUGUCCGCCUAUGGCAUCUCGACCCUUAUCACCCACUUCAAAGACGCGCAGAACAGAUCGCUAGUAAUGGCCGACAAAUCAGCCGAUUUGCCCGCCAUACACUGGCCCUCCCAAACUCUGAACAGAUAAACCCUCUCCAAUAUGCUCCCUGGUAUCCUCGCGAGCCUCGUGGGAAUGCUCAAGCUCGAAUAGGAGCUUCCAUGGGACGCACCAAGGAACAGGCAGCAGCUAAUUUCAUGGCUUUUCAACGUACCAUCCCUAGCUUAGAUAUUGUAAUCUUUUCAGAUGGAUCUAGGCUAGUAGACGGACGUGCAGGGGGUGGCUAUAUUAGACUUUAA